AUGGCAGGCAAAGACGCCGCCGCGCUGCUUCGGAUAUAUGAAGCCGCCCACGCUCGAGAAACACACACGGCCGAGCGAGCUGCCGUGGCAAGGGAGGAAUACACAAGGGUACAAGCUCCUCCAGGACAGAAAAAAGCAGCAGAAGCGGUCGUUACAGGCGAGAAAGCUCGAGAAGCCGCAGAAGUUGAAGUUUUUCGACUUUUUGCAGUGACGAGAAAAGGCGAAGAAAGGCAGAAAGUCGUGGCUUCAAAGGAGAAGCGCGUGGCAGGAAGAAGCCGGAAGUAA